GUCACAGUGAGACAAUAAGGCAAGCCACGCACGGAAGGAAGCUCGAUGGCCUUGUCGCUCCUUCCGCAACUUGCCUUUUGGAUUUCCAAGCCGGCUGACGGCUAGCUACAGCUGCCCCGCUGCAAGGUCCUCUGCUUGCUCUGCCAAUAUGCAAAGCGGGUGGCGCCAAGUUUGGGGGAAGUUUUCCUUUGCGUCACAAGCACACCGCGCUGAAGGGGAUAAAAAGGUUCAACGAGAUGCUGCGACCAACACAAGUCCGCACAACCACGACAAUGCCACACGAAUCUGCCGCUACCAGGCUGCGUCGCCUCCGUUUGGGAGACACCAAAGUUCCCGUGCUUCUUGGCGAAAGGACACCCCCGCGUGAAUUUGACAGCUCUACCGAGGGGACGCUGAGACUGGUCAACCGGCACAACGACAUCAGGACGCCAGGUGCUGAGGGCAACGAGGCGUAUCUAUGCUGCACUCUCAGCGGGCGUCGCAGACCCGACCGCGCCCAUGUGUUUCCUCACAGCGAAAGGCUGCUUGAGCAGCUCCACAUCUGGUCUCGCUUGACUGGCCCUUUCCGAGGUCUACCACAACAUCGAGCCCGUCGCAGGUGCGCGGUUGACAACCUCGUCUUCUUGACUCCGAACUUCCAUAUGUACUUUGGCCUUGAGCCGGGAGUCGACUUUACGCUCACAUUGACGCCCAGUCUCGCGACUCUGAUCGAGGUGGUCAUCUCACUCGAAACCUUUCUCGCCAGCAAAGAGAACGACGAGACCUUCGACGUCCCCACUUUCGAGCCCUGGAGUGUGGUCGCCAGUCACUGUCAGCACGAACUCGAAAAUGGAACGAAGCGGUACCAGUACCUGCUCUGGGGUUUUGGCAGUGGAGAGCCACCCGAUGACUUUUUUAUCCGGCUCGGCGGUCGAAGACGCGAGUUUGAGGCCAAGGCGGAUACAAUGGUGCCGACUCUCUUCGAGGACGUGGACUCCAAGGAGUCUUUGGAACCAUUCUGGCUCGCCGUGCACCCAAUCUUUACCCUCUUGGUCGCUGCGCACAAUGCCAAGAGCCGUGACGGCCGUCCGCGUCAGUGGCGUCCCGAGGCCGAACCCAUCGCAGAGCUCGCAGAAUACUGCCUGCAGCUCUGUGAGGUGGACCACCUCUCCGGCUUUCGCGAUCUCGUGAGGCCCCCCUCCCUCAAGCACCCCCUCCCCAUGCUCGAAGGGCAGCCAGACACUCGCCCGCGCUUUGUUGGCGUUCCCUGGGACGGCCUCGAGGGUGUGACGAUGGACGUCAACGACGACGACGGAAACGAUUCCCGCGCCGAAGUGGGCCCUCCUCCUUCGUCCUCGACGGGCAGUCGCUCUUCCAAGCGCGCUCGCACAGACGAAGGCGGAAGCAGCAGCCCGUCGCACCGCCAGUCCAGGAGGCUGCAAAGGCAGGACCCGCAGGACGCCCUGUCUCCUUUUGCCAGGCCCUCGGACCUGGGCGACGAAACGGCGCUGACCGAGCCCGACGAGGGGGACAAGGGCGGCGCCGACGACGACGACGACGCCGACGUGCCAGACCUCACAGCGCUGGUGCGAAAGCAGAAGCCUACCAUGGACGACUUCCUGGUCGCCAUCCGUGCGGUCGAAGCGUACCGGGAGCGCGUGGCUGCCGUCGAGGUUGAGCGCGACGAGGCCUAUGCACGCUGGCUCCUCAAACAGGCGAAGGAAAAGGGAUCGCGAAGCCAGGCGCUCCGAGCCCUCCGUACCUCGCCGCCAUCGUUCCCGGACAUUGAAGCCAAGCUGUCGACCGUCGACGCAAAUGCCCAAAAGCUCGAAGACGUAGUAAGGCACCUCGAAUACUGCCUCUCCCACCAUGACGGCUGAGGAUGGCAAGGCGCAUAAUCAAGAGUAACGCCGCACGGCUACAUGUUUCUUCCUUCUCGUCCCUGCGUAUAGGUCACACCACUGUUCGUACUGGAAUUUGACUCAUGAAUUCAUUCCUUUUCUCUUCCC